GAAGUUUGAUCCCUUCCACGCUUUCACAUGGUCUUCUUCUUCACACCCAGCUGAGAUCUCACAGACACUCACACACUUCCAAUCACCUCUCUCUCUCUCUCCUCUCUCUCACUCCUCAUUCCACUUUCCAAUCAGCUGAGAGAGAGAAAACCCAAACCCUUUGCUGCUGCUGCUGCUGCUGCUAGAAUCAAAACACCAUUCAAUCAUCAAUAAUCGAUCAUACUCUGUUUUGAGCCUUCUGAUCGGAAGUUUUGGUUGCUCCAAUGGCGGUGGCCAUGCGAGGCAGCCGAGGAGGAGGGUCGGGUUUUGGCGGGUUCAGCCUCCGGAGCUUCUUCUCGUACCGGAUCUUUGUCUCGGCUAUGUUCUCUCUCCUCUUCAUUGCUACGCUUUCUGUUAUCCUCACCACAAAUCCUUCAACUCCGCACCACGACUCUGCACUUCCAACAACUGGAAACGCGUACAUGCGUAGGACGUUUUUAGCUUUAAAUUCCGACCCUUUGAAAACCAGAUUAGAUUUGAUAUAUAAGCAAGCCAAUGAUCAUGUUACUCUGGUGAAUGCUUACGCGGCGUACGCCAGGAAGCUUAAGCUUGAGAUAUCUAGGCAAAUGAGAAUGUUUGAUGAUUUGGCGUCAAAUUUCUCUGAUCUUCAAAUGAAGCCGGGUUACAGAACUGCAUUGUUUGAAUCAGACGGUCCGUUGGAUGAGGAUGUUUUGAGGCAUUUUGAGAAGGAUGUGAAGGAUAAGGUCAAAAUUGUUCGGUUGAUGAUUGCGGAGUCAAAGGAAAAUUAUGAUAAUCAGCUCAAGAUUCAGAAGUUGAAGGAUACCAUUUUUGCUGUUAAUGAGUUGCUUAUAAAGGCAAAGAAGAAUGGGGCAUUUGCAAGCUCGAUUGCCGCAAAAUCGAUACCAAAAAGUUUGCAUUGUUUGGCCAUGAGGCUUGUUGAGGAAAGAAUAUCACAUCCGGAGAAGUACAAGGAAGAAGAACCAAGCCCCGAAUUUGAGGAUCCAAGUUUGUAUCAUUUUGCAAUUUUUUCGGAUAAUGUCAUCGCAGUCUCAGUGGUUAUACGAUCUGUGGUUAAGAACUCAGUUGAACCGUGGAAACACGUUUUCCAUGUUGUUACAGAUAGGAUGAAUCUUGCUCCGAUGAAGGUUUGGUUUAAGAUGAGGCCUGUGGAACGGGGUGCGUAUGUUGAGGUGAAGGCAGUAGAAGACUUCACUUUCUUGAAUUCUUCAUAUGUGCCGGUGUUGAGGCAACUUGAGUCAGCAAAGUUGCAGAAGUUCUACUUUGAGAAUCGGGCAGAGAAUGCUACCAAGGAUACACAAAACAUGAAGUACAGGAACCCCAAGUACUUGUCAAUGUUGAAUCACCUUCGGUUUUAUUUGCCGGAGAUGUACCCUAAACUGCACAAAAUUCUCUUUUUGGAUGAUGACGUCGUGGUUCAAAAGGACUUGACAGGAUUGUGGAAGAUUGAUUUGGAUGGGAAGGUGAAUGGAGCUGUUGAGACGUGCUUUGGGUCCUUCCAUCGUUACGCCCAGUAUUUGAAUUUUUCACACCCACUUAUCAGGGAGAGGUUCAAUCCCCGGGCUUGUGCUUGGGCCUACGGGAUGAAUAUUUUUGAUCUUGAUGCUUGGAGGCUGGAGAAAAGCACCGAGCAGUACCAUUACUGGCAGAACUUGAAUGAGGACCGGACUCUAUGGAAGCUGGGGACUCUUCCGCCGGGGCUGAUUACCUUCUACUCGACGACCAAGUCUCUGGACAAGUCAUGGCAUGUUCUUGGGCUGGGGUACAAUCCCAGUAUUAGCAUGGACGAGAUUAGAAAAGCUGCGGUCAUUCAUUACAACGGAAACAUGAAACCUUGGUUGGACAUUGCUAUGAACCAAUACAAGAAACUGUGGACGAAUUAUUUGGACAAUGAUAUGGAAUUUGUUCAAAUGUGCAAUUUUGGCUUAUAGAAAAUAAAAACCAUCUUCGCUGCUCGGAUCCAAGUUCAUCAGCGAGUCGCAGCUAUUGUCAGUCACUACGUGCUAAUUCUCACAAGUUUUGGUUUCCUUCGUUAGUCGCAACCUCAGAGCGAAGCUCGGUGAGAAAUUAUGUCGUCUUUCUUUCUUUUUAAUUUUGGGAAAGGCUGCCUGUUAUGCUUGCCUAAAUGUUGUAUCUGUUGCUCAUGUGAAUCAUGGAUUGUACCAGAUUGGGAAUGUGUACGUAGCAAUUCUUCUGCACUUUGCAGUAUAUGUAAUUCACAGAUUCAGAUUACUUGAAGCUUUAGCGAAAACCCGGUGACAACUACCACUGAAGUUUUGAUGGUUGAAGCGUUCAUCAAACGAAUCCGAUCUUACCCUAAAUUCUCUCUUAUCAGAAGACUCAUCUCUCACUUUUUAUCAACGGGAAGUCGAAUAGAAUGCAGUAAUGGUUGAAGCAUUUGUUGUUUGUGAAUGUUCUUAGUAUUCCUGCUAAUGUAGGAAGCUCUUAUUUGUGGCGGGAGUUGUUUAUCCAUGUUCUUAGUAUUCCACCUAAUGUUGUUAUCACAUAAUCAUUAUUCAUUUAUCAAAUUUAGUAGGAAGAUCGUA